AUGUAUGGCCUGCAAUUCGCGGAGGUCGAUCAUGCGGCCAGCUGGCAGGCAGCGGGCCUCAUCGACCACUUCGCAGCGGUGCACGACGACGCGCUGAUGCCGGCCGUCUUUGAUGCUGUGGAGUCGGUCGCGGAGAGACUCCUGCGCCCUGAUCAUCCAGGCGGGAGCAAAAAGAUCGAGACAGAAUCCAGCUUUUGGAUGCCACUGUAUGAGGCGGACGGGUCGCGGCGUGCUCCACUCAACGCGCUCGAGGCAGCCGCCCACCAGUUGCACUACCUCGCCUUUGGCGACGCGCCGACGCCGGUGAUCGGCGGUGAAUGGUGGCUUCGCGGGGAGGACGGCGACGAGGCGGACCGCGGGUUCCGGUUCCACUUUGACAAGGACGAGUCGCACCUGAAGUUGCGCGACGAGAUCCGAAAUCCAGAGGUCUCGUCCGUCACCUACCUCGGCAUGAGCGGCGCGCCAACGCUCGUCCUCAACCAGACGAUCGGCCACGGCGCUAACGAGAUGGAGCCGCGCCUCGCGCCGCACGGCCUCCUGGCGCACCCACACCUCAACCGGCACCUCAUCUUCCGUGGCGACCUCAACCACGGCGUCGUCGGACCGCUGGCGAGGCAGACGGCCACCGAGCGCCGUCGGCUCGUGUUGCUGAUCAAUUGGUGGCGCGCCCCGGCACCUUCCGAGCCAAGGUGCAUGCCGAUGAGCGAGGACGCCUGGCGCGAGCGCGGCUUGCUGGAGCAGUCGAGCACGGCCGCCAGCACGAUCGCCGGAGCCAAGGCCUGGAUGGCGAGGCGUCCCCCACCCUCUCCUCCAGCUGCCGUCACGGUGCCGCCGCCGCCCGCCGCCCAAGGACGGAGGCACACGUGGAUCGUGUUCGAGGUGGGCGACGGUUUCGUGUAUCAGUACGCUCUCCCGCACCGCGAGAGCGUCGAUGCCGAGUACUCGCUCGUCGAGUGGCCGGCGGGCACCGCCAUCGGCCCUCUGCUCCAGAUGAGCCCGGCCGGGAUGCCAGCCGUCAUAGCAGACGCCAGGCCGAAGCUGCACCUGGUGCUCGACGGGCGGCCCAAGCUAUGGGCGGGCUUGCUGCCUAGCUGGCUGCCUGCGCUGCACGAGCAGUACGGCGCGGCGCUCGGUUUCGUCCUGACGGACGCGAGCGAGCAUGCGAUGUUGCUGCGUCGAUUCUUUGGGGUGCGCGCCCAGGACGCGCCCACCGCGGCGCUGCACAACCCUGCCGGCAACGAGAAGUAUGCCAUGGGAGGCCAGCUCAACGAGGCAGCGCUGCGGGAGUUUGUGCGAGACUUUCUCCAUGGCCGAUUGCGGCCCGCAAAGGAGGACCUGUGA